UUUUCGGACCCCACAAGGGUGUAUUAAGAAAUUCUCUCCAACAAAAAUUACGGCCCGAGACUAAGGAAUCACCGAGAUUCAAUUUCAUCUCCAUCUUCCACCAUUUCUGCAACUUCUUACCACCCAACAGAAACAUAAACCCUACCAACCUUAACCAUUACCAUGAACUGGAAACUCCUUCGCACCAUUGCAAUGGACAUCAGAACCAGAAACAGAUCAUACUACACAAGCAGGACCAAGAAACCCAGCCUCUACUCCAAAAUCAGCCCCCUCGGAACCCCAACCACAAGCGUCAUCCCUCAGCUCGACGAUUGGAUCUUCAAUGGCAACAAAAUCACUGUCGGCGAGCUUCAGCGCAUCGUUCGUGACCUCCGCAAGCGUAGCAGGUUCACUCAAGCUCUCCAGGUAUCUGAGUGGAUGAAUAAGAAUGGUGUGUGCAUAUUCUCCCCAGUUGAACAUGCUGUGCAUUUGGAUCUUAUUGGCAAGGUUCAUGGGUUUGUUUCUGCAGAAACCUAUUUUGAUAGCUUGAAGGAACAAGACAGGAAUGAGAAGACAUAUGGUGCUCUUUUGAAUUGUUAUGUACGUCAGCGCGACGUCGAUAAGUCUCUAUCUCAUUUGAAGAAAAUGAAGGAGUUGGGGUUCGCUACGUCGCCUUUAACGUACAAUAAUAUUAUGUGUUUAUACACGAAUAUCGGACGGCAUGAGAAUGUUGCUGGUGUGUUGUCUGAGAUGAAGGAGAAUCGUGUUUUACCAGAUAACUUUAGUUAUAGGAUUUGUAUAAAUUCUUAUGGUGUGAGGUCUGAUAUCGAAGGAAUGAAGAUGAUAUUGAAAGAGAUGGAGAAUCAACCGCACAUUGUGAUGGAUUGGAAUACUUAUUCUGUUGUGGCGAAUUUCUAUAUAAAAGCUGACCUUUCAAAAGAGGCAAUUGAUGCGUUAAGGAAAUGCGAGGCGAGGUUGGAGGAUAAAGAUGGAGAGGGUUACAACCAUCUUAUCUCUCUUUACGCUCGUCUAGGUAAAAAGAUUGAGGUUUUAAGGUUAUGGGAGAUGGAGAAAAAUGCUUGCAAGAGGUGUAUAAACAGGGAUUUUAUAACCAUGUUAGAAUCUCUGGUAAAGCUCGAGGAGUUUGAUGAAGCUGAGAAGAUACUCAAGGAAUGGGAAUCCUCUGGUAACUGUUAUGAUUUGGGAGUUCCUAAUGUGGUAAUUGUUGGGUACUCUGAAAAAGAUUUUCCUGAGAGAGCAGAAGCCAUACUUGAAGGUUUACAUAACAAGGGAAAGGCCACUAACCCAAACUCUUGGACUCUAGUCGCAAGUCGAUACUUGCAUAAGGGUGAGAUGGAGAAAGCAUUUGGGUGCUUGAAAAUUGCCAUUUCUUUGUAUUCGGAAAAUAAGAAAUGGAAGCCUAACCCUAGGGUGAUUGCGGAUCUAUAUAGUUGGAUUGGUGAUAAUGCUUGUGUUGAAGAUGCAGAAGCUUUGGUGAGCUUAUUGCAAAAUGUCCAAAAGAAUAUACACAUGUAUCAUGCCCUGAUGAAGGCUUAUGUACGAGCUGAUAAAGAAGUUGAUGGGGUAUUGGACCGCAUGAAAAACGAUAACAUUAAGGAAACCAAAAAAACUAUAGAAAUUAUCAACAUGAGGAAGGCGGAAAAUUUGUAAACAUACUUUCACAUGAUAUUCUUGGGCAGUUUCUAGUGUUCAAGACUCGUUCAUGUCUCGCAUGGUGCAUGGCUAAUUUUAGUCCUCAGAUUUAUGGUUUUCCAUGAUAUUAGGUGCACCCUCUACACCUGAUAACUCAUUUCUCAAUCAAACCCAAGUUCAAUACUGCAACUUCUCUCAUAUGUGAAACCAUAUUUGUUAGUAGUACUGCAAUCUGCAGCAAAUCUUACAAACCCAAAAAAGUAAAGCGAAAACAUAUGCCAAGAAUAGAAAAUCAGAGUAAAAAAAAAGCAAGGAAAAGGCAGAGAAAGGGGUUGAGCCCUGUUGCUUCCACAGGGGCGAUGCAUGGCUCACUCGUCAGCAUCACAGCGUCAUUGUUGCCAACACCUAUAGCAGCUCCCAGCACUACUGCUCGUGCCAACCUAAGCUGACCUAGAGAAUAGGGAUUAUUUGUGCAGAGGAGAAGAAUUAGGUAUUGGACAGGCACAAGUUGUGAUAGUUUCUCUUGAAGUUGUGAUAGUUUAUAUAAUUCUUAAAUUAUAUAAAACCAUAUCCCAUACUCAAUCUACAAACAAAUCUUCAUAGGUUUAGGUUUCAGAGCAUUGUGCGCAUUAGGGUGGGUUACACAUCUUAGCCAUAUUCUUGUGAGACUGAAUCUUCCUAUGCAUUAGGGUGGGUUACUCAUCUUAGUCAUAUUCUUGUGAGACUGAAUCUUCAUGUAUAGGAGUGAUUUGAGCUUUUUUUAGUAUGUAGAUCAACUAUGCCAAUGCGCUGCACGGAAUUAUAGGUCUUGAUUCGGAUUCAUAUUGUAAACGUAUAAUUUAAACACAAGAUUUGGAACACAUUAUACUAUUUCCUCUAUUUAUUUAUGUUUUUUUGCAACUUAAAUAUCAUAUACUACAAGUUUUGAAAGGAAUACAAAUUCCGAAACACAAUUGCCAUCAAACUAUCCAUAUAGAGCUCCCUCAAGAUCUUGAAUUCAAAUUCUACUAGGCCAGUCCAAUCAGAAUCCUAUUAGGUCAGUCCAUACAAAGUUCCGCUUUGCCUUUAUAUGAGAGGCCUGCUAGCGGACCCUACUACUAGUGAACGGUGAGAUUAAUCAUCUCUUAGAUUAGUGUCGCCGAAACCAAUCAAUUAAUCAUCUCUUAGAUUAGUGUCCCC